GACUUGGACUUGGAAAUCUGUGUUCUAUAUAUUAUCUACCAUCUCGAUUGCCCCUUGGAUUGGAACUUGGAAGUAUCAUGGAAAUGAUAUAUAGCUAGCUAUAAGAAAUAAACACACCAACCUCAAUCAAAUAUUAAAAAAAAAGCUACAAAAUGAUUUGUAGCCACUGUACUUCUUCCUUCAUGAUAGCAAUAACAUUAAUACUAAUACUGCAGCUUGGGAAAGGCCAGAAUAUCCCAUCCAAAGGGUGUCCCUUCAAUAUAUCUUGUACAAAUCAUAACAAGAUUCUUGAAAUACCUGCUUAUCCAGUCCCUAUAAAACUCAUAGUAAAUGACAUUAACUACACAUCACAAAUAUUACAAGCGCGUGAUCCAGAAAAUUGUCUUUCACGACUCUUAUUUGAGCACAAUUUCUCUUUAUCAAUUUUUCCUUUGCGGAUUGACGAUCUUCCUAAUUAUAGUUAUAAUGUUAGUUUCUUUGAUUGUUCUUCGCUAGGAGAUGGUUAUGCGAUAAAGGACACCCAUAUAAGCUUUGAUAAUCAGCAAUACCAAGACAUGAUUUCUUGUCCUAUUUAUAUCGCACAAUUUGAUGAAGAUGUGGUUCAAUCUAACCUUGUAUUCUGCACCAAACUGUCUCAACGAGUUUCGCCCCUUAUUCUUUCGCAAGAAUCUCUAUAUGAGAUACGACUAAAUUCAAUCACAUUGUCUUGGUCAGAAACAAAUCUUGACAAAGGAUGCUUCAAAUGCAAGCACAAAUCAAAGAAGAAGAUUAUUUUAACCUCUGCAGGUGUAGUCAUUGGCUCAACUAUGCUUGUUCUUAUAUUUGCCAUUUUCCAAAUAUAUGGCUAUUUUAAGAUGAAAGAUGAAGAUUAUGAAAGAAUUGAAAACUUUUUGAAGGAUUACAGAGCUUUAAAGCCAACUAGGUUCUCUUAUGCAGACUUAAAGAGAAUUACACAUAAUUUUACAGAUAAGUUAGGUGAAGGGGCUCAUGGUGCUGUUUAUAAAGGUAAAUUGUCGAACCAAAUUUUGGUUGCUGUGAAGAUUCUUAAUAAUGCAGAGGGAGACGGGAACGAGUUCAUAAAUGAAGUGGGAACUAUGGGCAAAAUUCACCAUCUCAACGUAGUUCGUUUGCUUGGCUUCUGCGCAGACGGAUUUCGUCGUGCUUUAGUGUAUGACUUUUUUCCAAAUGGUUCAUUGGAGAAAUUCAUUUCUCCUUCGAACAGCAAAGAUAAUUUCCUUGGAUGGGAUAAGUUAGAACAAAUUGCUCUAGGCAUAGCUAAUGGCAUCGAGUAUCUCCACCAAGGUUGUGAUCAAAGAAUUCUACACUUUGAUAUCAAUCCUCAUAAUAUCUUGAUAGAUGAUAAUUUCACUCCCAAAAUCACGGAUUUUGGUUUGGCUAAGAUGUGUUCGAAAAAUCAAAGUAUUGUAUCCAUGACUACAGCUAAGGGAACAUUAGGCUACAUGGCACCUGAAGUUUUUUCAAGAAACUUCGGAAAUGUCUCAUAUAAGUCUGAUAUAUAUAGUUAUGGUAUGUUGCUAUUAGAGAUGGUUGGAGGAAGAAAGAAUACAAAAACAACUAGUGGCGAAGAAAAUGUUCAAGUUGAGUAUCCAGAAUGGAUCCAUAAUUUGCUUGAAGGAGGAGAUAUACAAAUCCCUAUCGAUGAAGAAGGAGAUUUCAAAAUUGCAAAAAAACUAGCAACCGUGGGACUUUGGUGUAUCCAAUGGCACCCUUUGCAUCGUCCUCCAAUGAAAGCUGUGGUACAAAUGCUUCAAGGAGAGGGGGACAAAUUAAAAGUACCAAGCAAUCCUUUCGGACCAACAACUACGACUAGUACAAUUGCUAAUAUUGGUGUAGAACGUAUGAAUUUGGAGUUGGAUGUGAUUGAAGAGUUAGAUUAGGUCUAUACUAAUUAUAAAUGUAUCUACUUUUUAACAAAGUAUUAUGUUUGUGAAUUUAGCCAUUUAGGGACAUGUACACUGAAAAUGGAAAUGUCAUAUGAAAAUUUUAAUUGAUAUUGAUUUAUGAGAGUGUUACUACUUACUUA